CAAAAACAGUUAUAUUACUUGAAAAAUGCUUGCAUGCGUUAAUCUUCAUAUUUAACAAGUAUGUGAAGCUGCAUUACAAAGUAUCAAACAAUCUUUUGUUUGUACCACAUCUUUGUUUGUCUGUGCAGAAAACUGCUUCCUGAGUCGGCCAUUAUUCCUCCCAGCGUUUGUUCAUUGUUUCGAAUUAUGACGUACAUGACUUUGUUGCAGCGCAUUGAGUUGGAGCGAGGAAAACGAGAACCCGGAGAAAUUACGGAGCUGAAUUUGGACAACUCAAAGUCAGUGGAUAUCGAAGGGCUCACUGAUGAAUAUUCGUCCUUAGAAGUCUUGAGCAUGAUGAAUGUUGGUCUUCAAAGUUUGGCUGGUUUGCCUUGUCUUACCAGCUUAAAAAAUCUUGAGUUAUCGAAUAAUUUGAUAUCUGGUGGUCUUGACGCUCUACUCAAAUGUCCCAACAUUGAGCAACUUAAUCUAAGUAGCAAUAAGAUUGAAUCAAUGGAUGUAUUGAUUCCACUGGCUAAGCUAUCCGAACUCAAGAGUUUGGAUCUCGGGAACUGUCCUGUCACCGCUACGGAGAAUUACCGUAAAAAGGCUUUUGCGAUGAUUCCCUCUUUAAAGUAUUUGGAUGGUCUUGAUGAGAACAACGAGGAAGAAGUGUUUGGAAAUGAUUUUCUGAACGGAGGUCUGGAUGAAGAGGGUAAGUCAAACCUUUUGUCUUGAUAUAUCCGUAUAUUGCAUUUUGUUGUAAAGUUUUGCCCGUAAGUACUCCAUGCUGUUCAGUCAACCAAUUGAUUCAGGCUGUUCAGUGUUUAAGACGGUUCUGCGACUGUCUUGAAUACCCACACUUAUAACACUCGAGAUUCGUUGCUCUAUGUUCAGUUUCUCGAUUUGUGUAGUUUAUGUGCUCAUUUAGGUCUUCGGGAGUAAAAUGUCCCGUUUAAAACCCAUGUGUUCAGUCUUGUAAAUUGUCAGUCCCAGUGUGCAUUCGGUCUAUUAUGUGUUUGAAAGACGUUUUUGGAACAAAGCUUCGGGAAAAUCCUCGUUAAUGGUCCUCGCUUCUCGGCCUUCUUCAUUUCCGUUUCUGUUUUUGUCAUUGUGAUUUAUAAAUGGUCAACAUAGAAUCUACUUUUUGGAUAUGACUAGAUGACUUAUCUCACUAAGUUUAAAGAUGUAGUUUAUUGCGUUGCCGUAACAUGAGCUCAGGAACUUGAUAUCUGUCCAAAAUGUGUGUGAAAAGGGCGGUAAUUCAAAGAUGUUAAUAAAGAUAUGGACUUGUAAAGAACCUGUUAUUCUUUGGUGCGUCUGUGUCAUGAGUUGAUAGUCUCCUUCCCUUAAGGUUCUGACAUUGAAUUGGUGAUCCUGUUGUCGUCUUUCCAAGACAACUCGCAUUCUAAGUAUUGUGGCAGCUGUUCAAAAUGCAUUUUUCAGUGUAUUCGUAUAAAAGAGAUAUUGGCAUACUUUCGUUCCAAUAUUCACAUCUUAUCUCUGUUAAUGUCGUUGAUACAUCAGGGGUAAAUGAAGGUUGGUCCAAUGGAUGAUCACACUUCAUUCCUGUUCACGGCAAACACUGAAAGCUUCAACAUGUAGUUUUAGACGUAUGAUAAGACUAUAGAUGGAUUUCGUUAACAGGUUGUAUGUGUAAAAAAAGUUUCUAAACUAGAAGUUGGUAACAGGAGUUAAAAAAAAUUAGCGAAUAAAGUAGUUUUUGGACACUCCUCACUUGUCUUCCAUGAAUUGCUUGCACUACUAGUGACAUCCUAUUAAGUACUUCUGGUUUUCAUCUAUUUCGCUCUUUUUGUUAAUAGUUACUUGGGUUUUUUUAGAUGACAGCACGUGAAUGUCCAGUUCUUGUCUAACUAAGUAAAUCAAUAGAUAAAUGAAAAUCUAUUUCCUCAGCGAAAGAGCAUUUUUGAAGUUAACUUUCCAUCACAUUUAAUUAUUUCGGUGUAGCAGACGGUGUCGAUGAAGCUGAUGAAGAGGAUGAUGAAGGAUCUGAUGAGGAGGACGAAUGUGAUGAUGAAAUUGGCAUUGAAGCCCUUCAACAAAGUGGUGAACUUGAAGAUGAUGAGGAUGACUAUGCUCCAGGUAAGUAUGAUUCUCAAUUGCUUCAUUUUCUGCGAUCCCCACUCAUACUAACGCAACGUUCUUUUUUCCUCUCUUAUAGGCGAAGAUGAAGAAGCGGAAUUAGAUGACUACGACGAUGUGGAUGAUGAGGAUGAAGACGAGGUAGAGGAAGACAACGGAGCUAACCUUUCGGCUGCCAAUGUGAGUGGACCUCGACGCCCCGGCUCCAAGCGGCGUCAUGAGGACAUUCAAGAUGGAAAAAAUGGGGAUAAUGCGGAGCACUGUGGAACUAAGCAUAAGCACGUCGAAGAUCGUGUGGAGACCCACGUUGAGAACGGAUCAGCUGCUGAUGAUUAGACAGUUGAUAUAAACUUCAUUGUUCUUAUUUAGGCCAAAUUCCUAUUGUAUAUGUUAUGUUCAUGUUCAUCUUUUAUGUUUAACCACAAAUUCACCCAAAAUGAACUAUGUAUUUGUACAGUACAUUUGCUGACAUCUUUUUUCGACAACACAUAAUUCAGUGUUAGCUAAUGCAUUUACUCAUUUGUAAUACUUUAUUACAUCGUUAAAUUUUCGAAACAUCUUUUUAACUAAAAUCUAUCCAUAUUUGUUGGGUUUUAAUCAUUAUAAAUUGAAUUGUCAUCUUAAUAAUCAGUCUGUUACUUGUUUGUCUGACUUGCAUAGUCCAGAUAAUUAACGUUUAAAAAGUGGGUAUGAAUUACUAUGCACGACUCAAUUGGUA